UUUCUCUUUGUUGAAGAGUGAAGACGACGAAUCGAUCUCUCCUUUUUUAUCUCGCAGUUCUAGAUUGUUCUUCGUUCGUGUAGAGAGGAAGACGGCGAUGGGAACUGGGCGUGAAGCCAGCGUGUCGCUAGAUGGAGUCAGAGACAAAAACAUGAUGCAGCUUAAGAAACUCAACACUGUUCUCUUCCCGGUUCGCUAUAACGACAAGUACUACGCUGAUGCGAUUGCAUCCGGCGAGUUCACUAAGCUUGCUUAUUACAGUGACAUAUGUGUUGGAGCUAUUGCUUGUCGGCUGGAGAAGAAAGAAGGCGGAGCCAUGAAAGUGUAUAUAAUGACACUUGGUGUUCUUGCACCAUACCGCGGCAUUGGCAUUGGUUCAAAGCUAUUGCAUCAUGUUCUGGACAUGUGCACCAAGCAGAACAUGUCUGAAAUAUACUUGCAUGUUCAGACAAACAACGAAGAUGCGAUCAAGUUCUACAAGAAAUUUGGGUUUGAGAUCACAGAUACCAUACAAGACUACUACAUCAACAUAGAGCCAAGAGACUGUUAUGUUGUCACCAAGUCCUUUGCUCAGCCUGAAGCCAGCAAAUGAUGACAAUACACCACUUGGGGAAAGCCAUUCUUUCCCUGUUUGUUUGUUCUUUGAAGAAUCUAUUCUUAAUGUCAUGUUUUUGUUUCCUGAGUUUUGCUUGUUUUGAUGACCUCAAAGUUAUAGAUUCAUGGUUGUCUAUUGGUUUUGGACCUCUUAGUCGAGGAAGUUUCAAAUUUCAACAUUGCAGCUCAGUCUUUAUACUCA